AAUUGUUGACACACGUUAUCGAUCAAGUACAAGUUACAGUGAAUUUCAUCUGGUUUCUGAUAGAAUGUUUUGGAGCUACCAUCAUUUGGCCUGGGUUUGGAUGUCACAUCAUUAUCCAAAUCAAGACAGACAGAUUGCUUCCUUUAAUACAUCACGCCAUGCCAAUUUAAACAGGACAUACUUUGGGAACCGAAUCACCACUACCGAAUCACCGAGUCACUACCUUUGGAGUGAAUCCAUUUCUGUGCAGAUUGCCCCAGUACUGUUUGAUGAUGCAGGAAUUUAUGCAUUAAUUGGUGAUUCAGUAAACUAUGUAACCAUUACUCUAAUCACAGUUAAAGUCACAGUGGAACCCUCUGAUGCAGUGACUGAGGGAGACUCCGUUACCCUGACCUGCUCUGUCUCUAAUGUCACUGAAGCAAUCAGACUUGCUUGGAUCAAUAGCGAUGGAAAGUCUGUUUUGGAGAAAACAUUGACUGGACAAUAUGAGGAAGAGAAAUCUCUGAGUCUGAUUAUUCAGAAAGCUGACCGAUGUAAAUGGCACUGGAUGUGUGUUUUGUUUGAUCAAAACAACCCCAGAGUUUCAAUCCCAUAUAAUCUAGAAAUCACAAGAAGAUCAUGCAUGGACACUUGGAUCUCAGCAUUUUCAGGAUACUUGCUUGGAAAACUGAUCAUUGCCAUUGGACUAAUUACCUCUUUGAAACGAAAAUCAAGCAGAAAUCUGGAUAAGGCAACAAGAAAUAAAGAAGCUUUCGGAUUACAGAUUCUGAACACCGGCCCUGAUUUGUGAUCAUAGAAGGAAUGAUGGAACACAGAUGUACCUAUGACCAAUGAGGCCUUCACUCUUAUGAAACAAAAUAAUUCAAUUUUGAAACCUUUUCAAAAAAAUCUGAAAGAAUUUACAGAUGCUGUACAUCGAAAAAAAUAGUUGUUUCUGGAAAAGCUCAGCAAGUCUGACAGCACCUGUGACAAGAAAUCAGAAUUAACGUUUCGGAUCCGGUGACUCUUCCUUCGUUUUUGAAAUCUUCCAAGUUAGUUUCAUUCCAGAUAUAUUGUAGUGAUACUUUUA